AUGCUCUUGAUUGAUGAAAAGUCUUCACAGUUGACGCUCCUCCAGGGCACCACUUUAAACUUACAGAUUCAACCGGCUGGUCUCCCAAGGCACCGGGAACACAUCAUCAGCUUCACUGUUGAGCCUGUGGCCAUAGCUGAACUAAAAGAGUUUAUCCUCACUGCCCAGCCUCAGAGCUGCGAACAAAGCGUUGGCCAGCGAGGGUUGAGUCUGAAACUGAGGGUUUGGAUUGGUGGGAAGCAUGUUGAGGGAAACGUUGAAACGGAGCUCGAGAGCUCGGAAAUGGAGAGAAGGGUGCGCUGUUUGGCGACCAAAGGAAGUGAGAGGAUGAGAUUUGAGACAUGCCCUUCGAAAAAAAAUGAUCUUGUGGAAGUUAAAGCGUGUAAGCGACGUGAAGAGGAGUGA